AUGAGCGCGCUUGAUGGGUCAGAAGGAAUGCUCAAGGUUGCAAUGGAGAAAGGUAUAUACAGUGAUGUAACCGAACACAUUCUAACUUCCUCAAAUCCACUUCCGUACCCGGAUCAGUCGUUCGACAUGGUUUUUAACGUUGGUGCGUUUACAAUACAUAACAUCGAACCAGAUUGUAUAGAGGAUGCUCUGCGGGUUUUGAAACCUAAUUCUUACUUGGUCACUACUGUUCGAAUGCAUUGCUAUAUGCAAGAUUACAAAAUUCGUUUUUACGACGAACUUAAUCGACUUGAAGCUGCUGGUUUGAUGAAGUUUUGUUCGAGAGAGAAAUUCCUACAUUACAGAUUGGAUGAAGUUUCAGAUGAGUUUGAAAUAAAUCUUGCUGAUCAAUAUGGGGAAGUGCUGGUUCUACAGAAGUCUGGCAUCAAUUCAAAAAUUUGA